AUGACCAAACCUGCAGCAAAAGAUUUUGAGGACUUACUUCAGUGCUCAAUCCCAGUAUUUGAAGGCCUUCUCCCGCCUGCACAGGACAAAAUUCUGCAAGAUACCCUUAAGCUAUGUCCGCUUUAUGCAACCAAGAAGCUUCCAAAGGAAACAGCUGCCCGUGCCCGUCGUGCUGCUAACAAUGCAAAGAAGGGAAAGCCAGCGACAGCUUCAAGUGGAUCUUUGAACGCAAAGGUCGCAAAAAUGCUCAAUCUUUUUACUUAUAAACUCCACGCGCUUAGAGACUACGUCAAAACAAUCUGGAUGUUUGGCCCUACAGAAGGGUAUUCAACUCAACGGGGAGAACUAGAACACCAUUGUGUUAAACACUUCUUUGUCCGCACAAAUAAGGGAAGCAAAUUUGAGUGGCAAAUCUCCCGUCAUGAGCGUCGUGAGCAUUUGCUCUACUCUAUUGCUGCCCGAGUUUCCAAAUUAGAAAAUAACAACCUCAAAAAAGCUAAAUCAAAAGCUUACAAGUCCCAGUCUAGCACUCCGUCAUCCCAAAAAUGUCCAAGGGCUUCAAAAACAAAAUCCUAUGUCAAGCCCCCUUACAUCAUCUCCCCUACCAAGUCUGAAAGCCUGCCCCCUAUAUCUCCAUCCGAGCACUACCAAAUGUCUACAAGCAGGCACCAUAAGCUGUAUCUUUACCAAUUUAUGGAUAAAUAUUCUGAUGAUGCAGCAGUUAUUGAGACCACAUCCUCGCUCGCAUUCUUGGGCAUUCUGAUGGAGGACAAAAUCAUGUUUAUUCAGAUGAGGACCGUGCCCAGAUUCAUGGAUCGUGAUAUGUUUAAUCUGCAACCAGGAUAUUUUGGACUCUACGCAGCCAAUCUUGACGAAGAACUUGCUGAUAAUGAGGCUAACCCCAAUCCCCCUAUUACAGCCAAGCAGGCCGCAGCAAUGGAUAAUUCAGAGUCGGAAGAUGAUGAUGAAUCGGAGCAAGAAGAUCAAGACAAAGACAACGAAGGCUUUGUAGGAGAGGAUGGAGAGGAGCCUUGGGAUGUCAACGAUAUGGAGGCAGUGGGAUUUGCAGAGUUCUGA